UCAUCAUUGCUCCAUUGGGCAGCGGCAGCAGCAGCAGCAGCACAGAGUCCUUUUCGUGGACGGCUGAUGCAACACUGAUCCUUAUAUAGCUCGCGGACAUGUCUCGAGCCUCACGCGGCGUUUUCCUUUUCGCUCUCGACAAGCCAGCACGGCGGUCUCUUUUCGCGUCGCGUUCUUCGUCUUCUUGAUAUCGGGGAUCGAAUUGCGAUGGCGGGCGAGCCGGGUCGGCGUGGCUCGUGUCGGUUCCUGAUACUGUGCGUUCUCGUCCUUCUCCCCUCGCUCGUCCUCGGGGACUGCACGUGCGACGGUGCUGCCGGCGGGGGGCGCAACAAGAGGGAGGCGCUCAAGUACAAAGUGGGCGCGAUCGCCGCCAUCCUCCUCGCAGGCGCGGUCGGCGUGUGCAUCCCGCUGCUUGGGAAGGUCGUCCCGGCCCUGCGCCCCGAGAAGGACGUGUUCUUCCUGGUCAAGGCGUUCGCGGCCGGGGUGAUCCUCGCGACGGGCCUCAUCCACGUCCUCCCCGACGCGUUCGACAGCCUGACGUCGCCGUGCCUCGACGAGAACCCUUGGGGCAAGUUCCCCUUCGCUGGGUUCGUUGCCAUGGUCGCCGCGGUCGGGACGCUGAUGGUGGACACCUACGCGACCUCCUACUACACGAGGUCCCACUUCAGCAAGGCUCGCCCAGCGGAGAGCGAGGGGGACGAGGAGAGCGACGCCGCUGCCACCGCCGGCGACGAUCACGCCGGGCAUCUGCACGUGCACACCCACGCGACCCACGGGCACGCCCACGGCUCCGCAUAUCAGGGUCACGAGCCGGGCACGUCGGAGCUUCUCCGCCAUAGAGUCGUAUCGCAGGUGUUGGAGCUGGGGAUCGUGGUGCACUCGGUGAUAAUAGGGAUUUCGCUGGGGACUUCCGGGAGCGCAAAGACGGUGAAGCCAUUGAUGGCCGCUUUGACUUUCCAUCAGUUCUUUGAAGGCAUGGGGCUCGGCGGAUGCAUCACUCAGGCCAAGUUCAAGGCAAGAACAACAAUAAUAAUGGCCCUCUUCUUCUCCCUCACUACGCCGGCUGGGAUCGCCAUCGGUAUCGGGAUAUCCGACACGUACGACGAGAGCAGCCAGAGGGCGCUGAUCAUCGAGGGUGUCUUCAACGCCGCGUCCGCCGGAAUCCUGGUCUACAUGGCGCUCGUCGACCUGCUGGCGGCGGACUUCAUGAGCGCCAAGGUGCAGGGGAAUGGGAGGCUCCAGCUGCUGUGCAAUUGCUUCCUCCUGUUCGGUGCUGGUUGUAUGGCCUUCUUGGCCAAAUGGGCAUGAAUGAGUCUCAAAACUUUUUUGUUCUACAAAAUGUCAAUAAUAAAAAUGGCGUUCAAUUCUUUUUUUUUUUUGGUAUUUCUCAAUUUGGUCCAAUGGAUUUUCUU